CAAAAUUCAGAGGAGCAGUGAGAAGAAGGUCCUCCAGCAGUCUAGCGUGGCCAAAGCUGCGCAUGCGCGGCGCCUCUUCCCGUUCCCAGAGGCUUCAGCGAUGGGUGGCGAGGAGGAAUUCGGCCCCUCGGCCCUGGGGACCAAGGAACAUUGGGAUGCAGCGUAUGAACAAGAACUGAAAAUUUUUAAAGAAAGUGGUGAUGCUGGUGAGAUCUGGUUUGGCGAAGAGAGCAUGAAUCGUUUAAUUAGAUGGCUAGAGAAACAAAAGAUACCCCUGGGCUGCUCUGUGCUUGACAUUGGAACGGGAAAUGGAGUUUUACUGGUUGAAUUGGCCAAAUCCGGUUAUACCAAUCUUACAGGAAUUGAUUACUGUCCCUCUGCGGUUCAACUUUCAAAAAGCAUAAUGGAAAAGGAAGGACUGCCACAUGUUAAGUUGCAGGUUGAAGACAUCUUAAAUCCCUCAGAUGAACUAUCAGGUUUUCAGGUUUGCAUUGACAAAGGAACUUUUGAUGCCAUCAGCCUAAAUCCAGACAACGCAGCUGAGAAAAGGAAGCAAUACGUGAAAUCCCUACACAAAGUGCUGAGACCAGGAGGCUUUUUCCUCAUAACUUCUUGUAACUGGACCAGAGAGGAACUAAGUAAUGAAUUCAAAGAAGGAUUUCUUUUUCUGGAAGAGUUGCCAACACCCACAUUCUGCUUUGGAGGAAGAACUGGAAGCAGUGUAACUGCUUUGGUUUUUCAACAUAGAACAUAAGAGUUUAUAUUUUGGAUGUGAGUUUUAUACGGAAGAUCCUGAAUUCUGAAUUUCAUGGACAAAUGAAAAACAGCAGGACUAUAACUUGGAAGAAGUGCUGUGAAAUUUACAGAUACACAAAUGUUUGUUUUAUUUAUUUGAAGCAAUCAUUUCAAGAUUAUUGAAUGGAUGUACCUUAAUUUUUAAGGAAUAAAAAUUAUCUUUUGUGUAAAUAUUUUCUUAUGAUAAGUAGUGCACAGUUCAACAAUAAGACGUGAAUAAAAUUGUCACAUUUCAUGGCAAGUAGCCAUUGUAUUUAUUAAAAGUGGCGGAAGUUAAUUUGUUAUGCUCUUCGGAGUAUAACAAAUGGUUUGAUAAAGCUUCUUGGAUGAAUAAAACAUAUUUAAUCAUUACCUUUUGGUCAUUGCAUGCUGAAAUCUAAGGGAGGAAAAAAGAUCUGUUCCCUUUGAGCUACGAUAUGUUGGUGAUUAAAACAGGGUGAUCUGGUCCACAUUUUAAUAGCUUAUAAUGGGAUGAGAGAACUGCAUUUUGUGAUGCUUGCUCCUUUUUUUGGCAAAAUGCUUUCUUGUAUCCUCUAGGGAGCAAAGGGCAGUUUUGCCAUGCUAACCCAUUGAACUGUUUUAAAUGCCUUUGUUUUUCAAAAUAAGUACCAUAUAUACUCAAGUAUCAGCUACAUUUUUCAGCCCCUUUUAAGGGCUGAAAAAGACCCCCUUGGCUUAUACUCGAGUGAGGGUCCUGGUCUUGAGUCAGCUUAUAGUCAAGUAUAUAGGUAAUCAGAGUUGGACAGUCUUAUCUUAUUAAAGUUUUAUUAUCUUAAAUUAAAGUUUUAUGUAAAUAUUCAAAAACAUUUAACUUACUGGUGCCUCAAUUAAUGUAAUUUUAUUGGUGUCUAUUUUUAUUUUUGAAAUUUACCAGUAGCUGCUGCAUUUCCCACCCUCGUCUUAUACUUGAAUCAAUAAGUUUUCCCAGUUUUUUGUGGUAAAAUUAGGUGCCUCAGCUUAUGUUCGUAUUGGGUUAUAUUCGAGUAUAUACAGUAAUUUUGCCUGGCUUGAAAACAACUCAGUGCUGGGGAAUGUAAGGCUUUUGGGGAUGUGGUAAGACCUUGGGCAGCAGCCUACCCCUAUUCUAUAAGGAUGAAAUUGAGGGUAUGGAAGAACAAAAUUAUUUCUGAGUAAACAGAAUGUUCCAUUUUUAAACUGUUAAUUCAUCACUACCUUUAAUUCAUAUUGGAACAGCAUGAACAAUUCACCUUUACACUUUAUUUCAAAAUUUACUUUAUACUUUCUUCAGCAUAUUGACUGUAGUUUGUACAGCUUGGCAUGUAGCUUAAAAUAUUAAACGUGUACAGUAAUCAGUUCUAGAUAGGUCUUUCUUACUACACUACUUCUUAUAUCAGCAAACUAAUUAGGAAACUUAAUUUUUGUAGUGAUGGAUCAAUGCUAAAAUGUGCUUUUCUCGGAAAUUGCACAAUUCUGAUUUUAAUUACAUAAAAUAAAUGAGAAAAUCUAUCCAAGCAUGAUAGUCCUGGAAGGCUUAUUAAUUCUAUUAAUAAUUUCCCACCAGUUCUUUAUUUCUGAGAAUAAUAUAAUUUGCCUCAAGGAAAUUGAACCGUUUCUUCCUCCUUUAGGUCCAAACAUGUACAGACAUUUUCAAAUAACAAUAAAUAUGAUAUUUUCGUCAUCCAAGAAGCUCUAGCAGGCAAUCUGUCAUAUUUCUACAGAAGAGCUAUUUCAGUUUUUCCUCUAAGUGAUGUUUAAUGAUGAAUUUAAACUUCAGAUGGAAUAGAUGAAUCAUUUAGUGAAUGGGAUAAAAUCUUAUUCCAUCUUCUAUUCUCCUUUUGCAUUUUUUUGCUGUCCACCACCCAGAUCUUACUGUAUAAAGCCUACCGCAGGGGAUCCUAUGUAAUCCCACUGCUAUUUUCUUUGAUAAUUCUUCAUGUUCUUCAUUACAAAUGGUCCAUAGGGCAUAACUUAGUUCCCUAAGCAGUUUUAUCUAGUCUGUGCUCUCUACCUUCCAGUUGUAUAGGAAGUAAACAAUGAGUGUUCUGUAUACAUUUAAUUGUAUCCUAUGCAUACUUUUGAAAGAGAAAAGUAAAGAACCAUUUCCGAUUUA